AUUUUGAUUUUGAUGGAUGGAUGAAUGGAAUGACUGUUGUUCUCUGUUGUGCAUGAUUUAGAGCCAACUGAUGCAGAUGACUAUGAUGGCUACACCCAAUAUCAACAAGGAGCUACAUUACCUGAACAAGGAAGACAAGUUGCUUCGAUGGCUUCUAGUUAAACACCGGGACCCGAAUUAUGGGCUGGAAUUCCUUCAUGAAAAUGAAGAAGAUGUGUUCAAAUUUUUUCGAGGCAGUUUAUGUGAUGAUGACAGUGACGAAGAUGAUGAUGAUGAUCGUGCUGAAUAUGAUGAUGCAGAAGAGGCGAGCAAGGAAAAUGAUGGGCUAUAGAAUUUUUUUCUCUCAUGUCUUUCGUGCUAAGGUUAAAUAGUUUGCCUUUGGAUUUUGAGUUUACCAUUCUCGUUCAGUUCCGACCUCAAGCACCUCGACCAGAGUUCUGUUGUUAUGACUAUUUUCUGAUAAAUAAGUUAGCUUUGUAUUAGAUCUGUAAAACAUGAAGCUUUCAUUUGUGUAAUCUGAAAGUUUUUGUUUGGAUGGUAAGAAUCUAUUAAUAAACAUUUUUCUCUUAA